AAAUUUAGAGAAACUGAAAUGGGUAAAUGAAUGCAUCGUUUACCGCCAUCGAUUUACUCUUCCACGCCUCUUUCUUCUUCUUCUCUCACAAGCAAACCCUUGAUUAUUUGAUACUUAUUAAACACCAAACUAAACUAAAUGGAACGAGCUUCUGAAGAAGAAGCAGAAGCAGAAGCGAUCAGGGUUUCUUAUUUCAUCCCCAAAUUCAUCUCCGGUGCUGUUUCCGGUGCCCUCACCGGUCUCUUCGCUCUCGCUGGGGCGUUUACGGGUGCCAUAACUGGUGCUAUAGCAGGUAGAGCUUCUGACAGUGGUGUUGUUCGUGGUGCUGGGAUAGGUGCCAUUGCUGGGGCUGUUUUAUCUGUCGAGGUUUUGCAGGCUUCACGUGCUUAUUGGUGUCAACACCCCUCUGCCACAACAAACUCAUCUAUGGCAGAUUUUAUGGAGGAGCUUCUUCGUGGAAGAUUUGCGGAAGAACGGUUUCCUCCUGAACUUUUAACCGCUUAUCAUUGGCAGGUGAAUGUUUCUGACUUGCAUCCUGUCGAGGUACUUGAUUGGAACGAAGAAGUAACGUACACAGGGUUGUCAAAGGAUUCGCUAAGACGCUUGCCAUGUCAUCAAUUUUCCCAUGAAACUAAACUGUUUCAAAACAUAUUUUGCACAAUUUGUUUACAGGAUAUUGAAGUAGGUGAAAUUGCGCGGUGCUUGCCACGCUGUCGACACUCGUUUCACCAGACUUGUGUGGAUACGUGGCUAACUCGACAUGGGUCGUGCCCCAUUUGCAGACAACAUGUAUAAGUUUUGCUAGAGGUCAGAGUGAAUAUGUAUAAAUAUCCAGGUGUAUACAGUGUGUAAAUGUGUUGCAUGUUGUAAAUAGUUUGCUGUAACAUAGUGCUUGUUAUUACAAUCUGUAUAUUUGAAAUAAAAUGUGUAACUGGAUCUUGAUUGAGCUAAUAACUAAUACUUCUUUGAUACAUUUUUAA